AUUUUGCCGCCAAAUCCGGCGUCGUCGUCAUAUUGUCACUUGUUGUGUGUGUUGUUGCAAAAUUUGUGUGUGUCCACUGACAUAAUUUAAUAAUUUAAUAAUUUAAAAUUAUCUAUUUAUGAAUCGAUAAUUUGACUAUCGUAUAUUAUUUAUUUAUCUAUUUGUAAACAAACGUGGUGAUAAUGGAUUUAGCUGAUCUUCAAGCACGUCAAAAUCAUGUUAAAGAUGAUGUUGGUAUUCGUUGUCAAAAAUUGUUUCAAAAUUUUUUAGAAGAAUUCAAAGAAGAUGAUGAAGUUAAAUAUCAUGAAUCAGCAUUAGAAUUAGUAAGCCCAGAAAGAAGUACACUUGUUGUAUCAUUUGAUGACAUUGAAAAAUAUAAUCAAGCACUUGCAAGUGCAAUUAUUGAAGAAUAUUAUCGUAUAUAUCCAUUUUUAUGUCAAGCAGUAUGUAAUUAUGUUAAAGAUACUGGUAAAUUAGGAAAAGAAAAAGAAUGUUAUGUUAGUCUUGUUGAUGUACCAACAAGACAUAAAUUACGUGAAUUAACAACCUCAAAAGUUGGUACAUUAUUACGUAUAUCUGGACAAGUUGUUAGAACACAUCCAGUACAUCCAGAACUUGUACUUGGUACAUUUAUAUGUGUUGAUUGUAAUGCAACAAUUAAAAAUAUUGAACAACAAUUUAAAUUUACAAAUCCAACAAUAUGUAAUAAUCCAGUAUGUGCAAAUCGUCGUAGAUUUGUACUUGAUAUUGAUAAUUCAGUAUUUGUUGAUUUUCAAAAAAUUCGUAUACAAGAAACACAAUCAGAAUUACCACGUGGUUGUAUACCACGUUCACUUGAAAUAAUAUUACGUGCUGAAAUAGUUGAAACAGUACAAGCUGGUGAUAGAUAUGAUUUUACUGGUACACUUAUUGUUGUACCAGAUAUUGGUGCAUUAUCAAUGCCUGGUGCUAAAGCUGAAAUAAAUUCACGUCAUAAAGCUGGUGAUCAAGGUGAAGGUGUACGUGGUCUUAAAGCACUUGGUGUUAGAGAUUUAAAUUAUCGUUUAGCAUAUUUAGCAUGUAGUGUUACAGCAACAAGUCUUAGAUUUGGUGGUACUGAUAUGGGUAUAGAAGAUGUAUCACAAGAAAUGAUGAAACGUCAAAUGUCAGAAGCUGAAUGGAAUAAAGUUUAUGAAAUGAGUAAAGAUAGAAAUUUAUAUACAAAUUUAGUAUCAAGUUUAUUUCCAGCAAUUUAUGGUUGUGAUGAAGUUAAAAAAGGUAUAACAUUAAUGUUAUUUGGUGGUGUACCUAAAACAACAAUUGAAGGUACAUCAUUAAGAGGUGAUAUUAAUUGUUGUAUUGUUGGUGAUCCAAGUACAGCUAAAUCACAAUUGUUAAAACAAGUUGCUGAUAUAUCACCAAGAGCUGUUUAUACAUCUGGUAAAGCAUCAAGUGCUGCUGGUUUAACAGCAGCUGUUGUUAGAGAUGAAGAAACUGGUGAUUUUGUUAUUGAAGCUGGUGCACUUAUGCUUGCUGAUAAUGGUAUAUGUUGUAUUGAUGAAUUUGAUAAAAUGGAUCCAAAAGAUCAAGUUGCUAUUCAUGAAGCUAUGGAACAACAAACAAUAUCAAUUGCUAAAGCUGGUGUUAGAGCAACAUUAAAUGCACGUACAUCAAUACUUGCUGCUGCAAAUCCAAUUGGUAGUCGUUAUGAUAGAUCAAAAUCAUUACAACAAAAUGUUGCAUUAACAGCACCAAUUAUGUCACGUUUUGAUUUAUUUUUUAUACUUGUUGAUGAAUGUAAUGAACUUAUGGAUAAUGAAAUUGCUAAAAAAAUUGUUGAUCUUCAUAGUAAUAAUGUUGCAACAAUUGAUACAAUAUAUGAACAACCAGAAAUAUUACGUUAUAUUAAUUUUGCAAAACAUUUUAAGCCAAUAUUAGAAGUUGAUGCUGCUGAAUAUUUAGUUGAAAGUUAUACAACAUUAAGACAACGUGAAGGUACUGGUGCUGGUAAAUCAACAUGGAGAGUUACAGUAAGACAACUUGAAAGUUUAGUUAGAUUAUCUGAGGCACUUGCUAAACUUGAAUGUGGUGAUAAAGUUACAUUAAAACAUGUUAAAGAAGCUAAACGUUUAUUAAGUAAAAGUAUUGUUAGAGUUGAACAACCAGAUAUUGAACUUGAAGAUGAUGCACCAAAUGAACAAGGAAUGGAACUUGAUGAUGCACCACCACUUAUGGAAGCAUUAAAUGCAAUUGAUAAUGAAAAUGGUAAUGAUACAGCUAAUGGACAAGAUGAUGAUACACAAGUACCAAAAAAAAAAUUAACAAUGUCAUUUGAUGAGUAUAAAAAUUUAACAAAUAUGCUUGUAUUACAUAUGAGAAGUGAAGAAAAUCGUAUUGAGGAUGGUGAUGAUAAUCAAGGAAUUAGAAAAUCUGAAUUAAUUGCAUGGUAUUUAGAUCAAAUACAAGAUCAAAUUGAUGAUGAAGCUGAAUUACUUGAACGUAAAGCACUUGUUGAAAAAAUCAUUACACGUUUAAUGUAUCAUGAUCAAAUUAUUAUUCCACUUACAACUGGUGCACUUGAUGGUCAAGACAAUGUAGAUGAUGAAGAAAAAGAAGAAGAAGAUCCUCUUCUUGUUGUUCAUCCAAAUUACGUUAUUGAUAUUUAAUUUUAAACAAAAGAUAUAUAUUUUUUUCAAUUUUAUAAAUCAAUUGUAAAUGAUGAAAAAUAAUAAUAUCAAUUCCACAUUGUAAUUUACUCGCAUUAGGAUAAAUAAAGUACGUGUUUUUUUUUUUUAUACAAGAAAAUC